UAUGACCUAUUAUAUAUCGUUUCUACAGCAUAGAGGGCAGAAAUAAAAAAUAAAAUAAUGUAGUUGCGUACAUAAGUUUUAUUUAUUAUUAUAAUAAUAAUAAUAAUAAUUAAACUUCAUGUUUUAGACAAAAAUAUUAAACAAAUCUGUUUUAUUUUAGAGGAGCAUAUAAAAUUGGUAUUUGGUAUAACACGGAGUCGUAAUAGUAGCUAUAACCACACGAUGUUUUUUAUAUUUUUUUUUAACAAAAUUGAAAUUAAAACAAAUAAUUAAUAGAAAUGAGCAUUAAUAAUCUCGUUUCCAGCUUAACAAGGUUAUCGUUAAUAAAAGUCCCAACUCUAAUUAGAAAUGUGUCCUUAAACGCCCCCAUGCUGUUCAGAAGUACUCCGGUCCUAUUGGCGGAGCCUUUGAAAAAGAAGAAAAAAAUGGACCCAGCUAUCAUUAAAGCUAGAGAGGAAAAAAAAAAGAAAAAAAUUGAAAAAGCUAUCAGAAAACUUGAGAAAAAUGCCCGUAAAUUAAAGCCGAUAUCUGAAUGUGAAAUACCUUUCGAGAUUCUAGAUACUUUAAAAAAUCGUCAACGUAACUUACCAGGUAUAUCAGAAGAAAUUUUAGAAAAUAGAGCAUUAUUAGAGAAAAAAUGGUGUCGAUACAAAAGAGAACAGCAUUUGGUUGACAUGCAGAUGUUAGAUAGAAUACAAUUUGCCCAACAAAAGGCUUUGGAUGAACUCAGAAAAGAAUCGGAACAACUUUACCAAGAAGCCAUACAGCCUGAUUUAAUGAUGAUGCCUUAUAAAAUCGAAGGCCCUGUCGAAACGCCGCCUAUAGAAAAUUACCAAAGUCCGGACGGUGAUUAUAAUGAUGUAUCUAAAAAAUGGUAGAAGAAAUUAUUGUUCA